UGCAGAUGGGCUAAUGGUCAGACCUUAAUUACAGAACUCGCAUCGCAACAAUGAAAUAGAGUUGUUUUAUGUGUAAUACGAGUAUGACGCGCAAAUGUAAAAUCUAAUUUUCUUUUAGCAUCGUCAUUCGUUCAGAGGGAUAGUGCGUAAGAGGCAGCGAGUCAUCUUAUGAUUUGACAGGAUGAAUGGACAGAGGCAUUUCAUAAGAACAUAAUUUCACCACUUGCCGAUUAAGCCCCCUCGCCUUUGUCCGUCCCAUCAGCCCCCUCUGCUCGGGUCUCUGGCUCUCCCCGGCUCUCAGUGCGGUGCGGUGGGGAAUGAAGAAGGGGCCCUUGGAUCAAGACCCCAGAGCGCUGGGAUAGCUGGAUUGCACGCCGCUGAACUGCAGCAGGAUGGGAGCUCCUCUUACGGUGCGCCUCGUCUGUCUUUGACCAGCUUCCUUUUCGUUUUUUAUUUCCUCUCACCACUCCGAGGUGGAGCCGCGAUACCCGGAGCGUUCCCUGAUAGAAGCAGGUGCGGCCGGUCGCCAUGAGCGGAAUACUAAAGAGGAAGUUCCAGGAGGUGGACGGCGCGUCGCCCUGCCCGUCCUCGCGGGAGUCAGAUGACGAGGCCUGCAGCGGCGAGAGCGGGGACAGCAGCGACAGCUUCAACCCCUCCGGCGCCGGGCGCUUCCCCUCCGCGUCGAUCCUGAAGCGGGAGAAGCGAAUGAGGCGGAGGAACGUCCACUUCGAGAAGGUGACGGUGUACUACUUCAGCCGGCGCCAGGGCUUCACCAGCGUGCCCAGCCAGGGCGGCAGCAGCCUGGGCAUGGCCAGCCGCCACAGCUGCGUCCGCCAGUACACCCUGGGGGAGUUCGCCCUGGAGCAGAAGAGGAUCCACAGGGACAUGCUCAGGGACCACCUGAAGGAGGAGAAGCUCAACUCUAUUAAACUCAAGCUGACGAAGAACGGCACGGUGGACUCGGAGGAAGCCAGCGUGCUGACGGUGGACGACAUCUCGGACGACGACAUCGACCUGGACAACGCGGAGGUGGACGAGUACUUCUUCCUGCAGCCGCUCACCACCAGGAAGCGGCGGGCCCUGCUGCGCUCGUCCGGCGUGAAGAAGAUCGACGUGGAGGAGAAGCACGAGCUGCGCGCCAUCCGCGUGUCGCGGGAGGACUGCGGCUGCGACUGCAGGCUCUUCUGCGACCCCGAGACCUGCGCCUGCAGCCUAGCCGGGAUCAAGUGCCAGGUGGACCGCAUGUCCUUUCCCUGCGGCUGCUCCAAGGAGGGCUGCAGCAACACCGCCGGCAGAAUCGAGUUCAACCCCAUCCGGGUGCGGACUCACUUCCUGCACACCAUCAUGAAGCUGGAGCUGGAGAAGAGCCGCGAGCUGCACAAGGACUCCGCCCCCAACGGUUACCCGGGAGACGGCGGCCCCCUGGCGCACGCCCAGCGGGGCCUGGAGUACCCGCUGGCGGACGGGGUCCCGCAGGCCGCACUCAUGCGCCUGCAGGCCGCCGAGGAGAUGGACGAGCCCGUCGAGGAGGAGGAAGAGGAGGAGGACGAGGAUGACGACGACGAGGAGGACGACGAUGACGAGGAGGACGACGGAGACGAGGACGAAGAUGACGGCGACAGCCUGUGCAGCGGCCUCACCGACUCCAGCACCCAGAGCCUGGCCGCCAGCGACACCGAGGAAGACGAGGACGACGAGGACAGGUCGGACGACCCGGAGGACCGGGUCAGCAUGCCCCCGGUGUCCCACACCGAGGUGGUGCCCCUCUCGUCUGUGCUCUGCUUCUCCGACGCGGCGGUGGCGGCGCGCGACGGCCGCGCUAACGGCUACUUCGCCGGCCCCUCCGCCGACUAUUACCCCAUGCAGAACUCCGGCGCCGCCGCGGUCGCCGUCAACGGCUGCCGAACCGCCGAGCCCUACGCCGAGGCCUCGCCUUUCCGCGACAGAGCCGCCAGCCGCGGCGACUCCGCGCCCCCCCUCGGCCCCUUCGACGCCGGCUCGGAGCAGUACGCCGCCUUCUCCGGGCGGCCCGAGGAACAGUACGCCGGCCACCACUUCCCUCCGGCCAACGGGGGGCCCUCCGUCGUCCUCCACUGCGCGCCCGACCAGGAGAGCAACGUCCAUCCCGACGGGGUCUACGGCGUGGAGCCCGGCGUCCGCUCCAAGAUGGAGUUCCAGAACUACUUGAACAAUAACUCGCAGGGCCGCUACGUCGGCGACGGGAACUGCUUCGUGUCCGCGCAGCCCGAGGACGGCUCCGACGGCCUGUCCGGCGGCUCCUCUUUAACAGAGGGCAAGAAGAACCAUCUGUCACUAGAGAGCUUUCCAAAAGUCACACCGGUUUAAGUGUGCCCCGGCCAUUUUAGGAAUAUUGGUUUAAUCAAUUUAAGUGAACAAUCGAAGGUAAUGAUCGUGUGAUUAAACGAUGCGAUUUGCGGGGAAGUAUGAAUCUGGCAUUUACCUGAAUUUCAGUUCAUUUCAAUUUUAUUUGUGUAGCGCUUUUUACAGAUACUGACACAAAGAUGAUUUACAGAGAAAAUGGAGAAAAGAAUAGGGAUCAUUUUUUUCGUUUGUUGGAAGCAAAUGGAAGCUUACUUGAAAAUUUCAUUUUUAAAUGUUUGCCUGUUUUACAUGACGGUUCAAGCUCCAAACACAUUUUUCCUUUUGGAACAACGAUUUAGAAUGCAAAAUGAGAACCAAUAAAUACAAAUUGUGAGCUUUAGGGCAGUUUAAUGUAAGUAUCUCAAAGGAAAGCAAUCUCAAAACAAAAGUUCUAGUUUUAAGUAAAUAUUGUUGAUAGGACUUUUAUAUGUCCAUGUGUCAGUGUGUUGAAAAAAGUAUCGUUGCAGUGUAUUUAUGGGUUAAUGAAGUGUAUGUAAAAAUAUACAUUUUGAUAAUGAAAAGCAUGUUAUUUUUGAGCUUGAUGACAUUUAUGACAUUGACAAUAUGGGUUUAUAUAAAUCUGUAUCAAUGUACUGUACAAUAUUUUAGCCGUUGUCACAUCUACUGUGUGCUUUUCUAUCGUUUGUAAAAGCAUGAAACUGGCACUGAAUAUUUUGGUUGUCAUUUGCUUUUGGCUAAAAUGCCAGAAGCACAAAUCGAUCUGAUACAUUAAUUUAAAAAAAACAAAGAUACACAACUUGCACUUUUCUAUGCUUGCAUCUGAGAGGGGGCAGUUGCCAUGUAAUUUUCUUAAAGUACUUGAACCAUGAUAAAAUUUGUUGACCACAGGUGUAAUUUAACUUGAUUUUCAACGUCUCUUCUAAUGUUUAUUUUUCAUGAAUUUGCUUAGAUCAUUUCUAAAGGCAAUGUAAAAAUGUGUUUGCUAUGGUAAGAAAGAAUGACAGAAAGCUAUAAAAAAAGGAUUAAUUUCCAGCAAUCACUUUCUGAUAUAGCCUUAUUGUACAUUAUCAUAUAAAGCGAGAACACUGAUUCUCAAUCAUGGCAUUUUGACACACAUUAAGGGCAUUGUGAUAUAUCAUGAGAAAUGCCAAUGAACAUGUAUGUCAAAUUGGAACUGAAAUUAAUAUUUUCUGAAAGGGGAACAUUUUUUCCAAAGUGGUUCCCUGGGAUUUAAGUUUUAUGCUCCAAGCACAAAUCAUUCAUAGUGAUUGACCACCGUAAUGCUGAUUUUCAAAUGCCUGGUAAAUCCAACCAAUCAUUUUACUGUUUUUUCCCCACCAUAGAAUGUGCCCUAAGUGUGCUGGAAGCAACCUCCUUCUAUCAACGAUAAUACAUCUUUUAGCUUAAGAUGUGAUGGGUCUUACACAUAUUAGCUACAUUUGCAAGUACUCUACAAGUACAGGGUAUAUUACCUGAUAGGCCAAAAUUCUGUCGGAACCAAAAUUGAAUUUGAUGUUUGAAUCAGUCGAGGGCAUAAGCUGUUUAGAUAAAACUGAAUGGUUCACAAAAGGGCCAAUAGCACUUUCUUGUGUAUGGUACUUUGUGUAUGAGAGCGAUAAACUAUAGUAGAUUGAACAUGGUUAUUCAUCGUAAGUGUUAAAUCAUGAAGCCAUGCAGUCCGCACUUGGAGAAAACAUGGAUGCUGUUUGUGUUCAUACAAAGAUGAAAGAUUUAAACUUAGGAAACGUAUUUCUGAAUAAUUUAAAUAUCUAUUCCUUGAGAGUGCAAUAGCAUCUGGAAAGAGAGUGCAAUGAACAGCUAUGUGAUUGUUAUGUUUACAAUGGCUUUGACCGCACCACAAACACACAUACAUGCGCUGUGUGUCUACACUGUAGUAACUUGAAAUGAAAAUGAGGUUUGCACACUGGACAAAAGUAAAAAAAUAGAAAAAACAGGUGCUUGGAGAAAAGAGUAAAUGUAUUGAAAAUGUAUGCUCCUGCACACUGUAUCUUGCACUGACUCUCUUGGGCACUCCAAAACGUUUGUUGUUAUUUAAUAAAAGAGUUUGUGCAAGACACAGUGUAUGGGAGCAUAACUUUAAAAUAUUUUUACAAUGUAGUAAAAUGGAUUUAAAAAAGUAUUUUCUACACCAAGGGCAUUAGCACCAUCUAUAUGUUGAGUGACGUCACACAGCAAAACAAAUCUCCUUAUUUCUGUAGCUUUUCCAUUACUCUUGAUAUUAUACAAUCCUCAGAUCAUUUAUCGUUUUCAUCAUCUACAUUUACAAUGCCAAACAGAUCAUUGUUGACCAAUCAGCAUGUACUGUUAUCAGUACUCUGUUUAUCAGUUAUGCCUAGCACACCCAUUAUGAACCCAACACCUUAUGUGUGGCCUGCUCUGGAAUUGGAGGAGAAUAUCACCAUUUGUAUGACCACCAUAUGAUGACUGCAACACUUUCUGAGCAUUUAAGCUUAGUUACAGUGCCACCUGCUGGUGAGCAGUACUAUGAAGGUUUUAAUUUCAAGGCAUACAAAAUGACCUGUAUUUUUGUCAAAACACUAUUUCUUUCUCUCUCUUGUGCUUCUGUCAUUUGUCUUGAUAGGUGUCAGUGGGUAGAUCAGAACUUUCCUGACCUUGCUGCAGCACUGACCUCCUCAACUGCUUCUGUCUGUUGUGUACUUUACUUCUGGGUCUGUGCUCAUGUCUUGGCUCUACACUUGGACACUUGGUUUCCACUUGCUAUGCUAUUGAAUCGUAUAUUUUUCAUUGGCUGUCGGCAGUUGUGCCAUCAUCAUAGCCAGUGAAGCCCAACACUGGACAUGAUUAUAGAAAAUAUUAACUCAGACACUUCCUGGCUAUUCUUAUAAAGUGGAUGUGCUCCUGAUAUAAGUUCUAAUAUGCUGAUUCAUAGUACAUAUACCAAAUUUCAAAAGGAAUCCUAACAAAAAAUUAGAUAUUAAAAGAGCCUUUGACAGGUAAAAUCACUGCACUGGUGGUUUAAAGAUUCCCACAAUAACUGGCAUCACUAAAUAUUUAAUAAAAUCUUAACUGCACCACUGAUUCUCUGAUAAAGUAUUACCAUCAUUACUUUUUCAAAUAGAUAAAUUAUGGUGGCAUCUACAUGUACUGUAGGGGUGAAUGAUCGGCAUAUACCUUUUAGGUUUGAGCCAAAAAUAUAAGAACUGGCAAACAGGGAGGUGGCAUAUGAGUCAGUGUUAUUCUGCUGUAUGUAUAAUUUCAGUAUUUAUUACAAAUUAUAUUGAAACGGUGUAUUUAUUGUGGUUUAUUGCAAAAGUAUGUAUUGGGGGGAAAAAUAAGUUAAAUUCAGUCUUAAAUUGUUUCAUAAUAAUUGUAACUCGACUAAAUGUGCCUGUUGUGUUCAAUUCAGCUUUGAUCUGGUUGAUCUAACCAUGGAAAUCAACACAAAUGAAAAGAUUCCAGAUUCUUAUUUGCACAAACAUUUGCUAAAUGGCUAUUAAAAUGUAUUUUGAUUUUUAUCCCAAUGAGAAUGAGAUCUGCAAUGUUUAAUUUAAUUUAAUUACAUUUUUGUUUUCCACAAGUCCAGGCUUUUAAAUAAAUGAAAACAAAUCUUGA